CGAUUGGUCAUGUCUGUGCGCAGGUGGUUUUGGAAAAGCGACAAUUGCAAGUAAACAGACUUUGGAAGCUUACUCAUACAUUUCCUGCCAUUUCAGAAAAACGACAGACAUUGAACGCCACCUCCACCACAUUACAAAUAGAGGUUGUUUUUUUAAAUUGCGUUAAAAUAUUUCGGGGAUUUUAAAGCGGCUGUUUAGUUUUUAAGUUUUUGGGCAACGACUUUAGUUUUUAUCGCCGUCCAAAGACUCGCUCUUGUAGAUCUUUUUUGUCUCUGCUCGUAGACUUUCGGUUACAAAAUGAAAGUAAGUUGUAAGUCACCUUUGUAAGAGUGUUCAUGUAGUUAUUACACUCUGGUCGUGUCGCUGAAAGACUUUAGUGGCAAUUAAUGCCCCACCCGCGGUCCGUGCGCAGGUGCACGCACAGCCAUGUUACUGUGGGUGUUCAUACUACUGCUGCUGGUGCGCUUUGGAGAUCUGGGCUGUCUGCGGAGUUCAGACAAUGAGGCUGAAGUUUUUAGUGAUGAGCGGGGCGCAAACUCUUUCUUGGGUCGCCACCUUCUGUUGAAUCGUUUUGACUUUGAAAUCUUCGUCCCUGGAAACCUGGAGAGGGAGUGUUACGAAGAAAUUUGUAACUAUGAGGAGGCCAGAGAGGUUUUUGAGAACAUCCCUGAAACAGUUGAGUUGUGUAAUGUUAUGUCCACAGAUAAGGGCCAGCGACCGAACCGAGUUGAUGUGACAUCUCUUUUGAUUGGUCUAAUCACUGCUGGUGUGGUUCUUGUUUUUAUGGGCCUCCUUGCGUGGUAUUUGUGUCAGGGAAAAUGUAAAGAUGACAUCAGCCGUGCGAGUUCAAUUCGAGUUCGCACGAGAAGGAGUAAUGCAUCAGUAAUCAUUCGACGACUAGAGGAAGUGUCCUUGCAGCCUGUGAACCCACAGGUGGACCCUGUUCAGGACACAGAUGCCCCAGGCCUGCCUUCAUAUGAACAAGCUAUUGCAAACAGUGGACAAUAUGAUGCCCCCCCGCCACCAUAUCCUGGAUCAAGAGCUGGCAGUACAAGACGAUAACCAGAAUGACACACACAUAAUCUGCCCUUCCUCCCUAGACCUGUAUGCUGGAUUGCUCAUAUUCUCAUUGUGCCAUUCAGUUUGAUGCACUACAGAACUAUUAGUUUACAACAGAAGGAAAUGGACAUGAUUUCAAUGUAUAGGCUUGGUGUUGACUUAUUUAAGGCACUUUAAAGUAGGCCAAGAUCUUACCUUUCAUGUUUUAAUAUGGCAGAUUUUUACCAAAUGAAAAAUGAAGACUCCUAAAGAUUGGUAUAUUACAUCUGCAAACAGUGUUUUUCCAUGUUUCUUGUAUUUUUGAAGAAUAACAACUGCUGCUGUGAGAAUCUUAUUUUAACGAAGUAUAAUUUUGUUUGACCUAAGCUUAACUUGCAUGCUUUGCUUUACACUUCAUCUUCUGGUUCAAAUCGACUUCAGAAACACUGAGUAACAGUCUAACUUCAUAAAUUCAGAUGAUUGUCUCAUGUUCAUUAGCCUACACAUUUCACUGAAUUCUUAAGUGUGAAGUUUUUUAUAAUGAUUACAUUUAGGUGAGAUGCUAUUUAUUUGUCUGCAGACCUCUGUCUCUGAUGCCUCUUUGUGUCACACAUGAAACAUGGGCAUGGUGCAAAUUUUAUGAAAUUGAAGAAAUUCUAUAUUUUAAGGUUUUAUUAUAAAAUUAAAUAAAUUUUAGAUGAAAUCUC